AUGGUUGCCGCGGGCCUAUGUCACACUGUGCUUCUCCGAAGUGAUGGCACUGCGAUGGUUUGCGGAAGUAACGAAAGCGGACAGUGCAACAUUCCGCCGCUAGAUGAAGGCAUAUCAUACAGGCAGGCUUCUGCAGGGGAUGGUCACACAGUGCUUCUCCGAAGUGAUGGCAUUGCUGUGGCUUGCGGAAGGAAUGGAAGCGAACAAUGCAGGAUUCCACUGUUAGACGAAGGCAUGUCAUACACACAAGUUUCUGCAGGUUCCUUGCAUACCGUGCUUCUGCGAAGUGAUGGCACUGCGCUGGUUUGUGGUCGAAAGCAUUUUGGGCAGAGUAACAUUCCAACGUUAGAUGAAGGCCUGUCAUACACCCAGGUUUCUGCAGGUGAUGGUCACACAGUGCUUCUACGAAGUGAUGGCAUGGCUGUGGCUUGCGGAAGAAACGGGAGCGGACAGUGCAAUAUUCCACCGUUAGAUGAAGGUACGUCAUACACCCAGGUUUCUGCAGGGGAUGGUUACACAGUGCUUCUGCGCAGUGAUGGCAUGGCUGUGGCUUGCGGAAGAAACCGAAGUGAACAGUGCAAUAUUCCACCGUUGGAUGAAGGCAUGUCAUACAUCCAGGUUUCUGCAUGCCACUUGCAUACAGUCCUUCUGCGAAGUGAUGACAUGGUUGUGGCUUGCGGAUACAAUGAACAGGGACAGUGCAACAUCCCCCCAUUGCAUGAAGGCAUGUCAUACACCCAGGUUUCCGCAGGCUCCUACCAUACAGCGCUCCUCCGAAGUGAUGGCAUGGCUGUGGCUUGUGGAUACAACGCAUCUGGACAAUGCAAUAUUCCAUCUCCAAAGUCAUGGCGUGAGUUCCUGAGUUUUGCGCCCGCAAGCCGUCCCUACAUUCGGGAUGAUUGCAGGCCAUGUGUCAAGGAACCUGUGCGUGUGUUGCAAUUGGAUUGUUUCUGCCAAGAUGUCGCUGCAUUCAUUCUGACAUGCUCCAGUUUGGCCGGGCAUGAGGUGCUACGCUUUGGGGCAAGUGGUUCAGACCUCGCUUUGGAUGCUCACAAGCAUAUUGCCCAGAAGUUGAAUGCACAACUCCACAGGCUUGGAGUGGUGUUGCCUGAUGGUCAGUUGUUGACCGCAGUCUACGAGACCAAUCCCUUGGUCACAAUCUCAGACUUGAGUGAAACUCGCAAGGCGCGGACCCGGCCUCAGCGAAGCAUGGAAGUGAAGGCCAUUUGCGACCGCGGGGACAAUGAGGCGGCGCCCAAGACGGACACGCAGACGCUGCUGUGGGUCCUGGGGGAUGGUCCAUCCGGCCCAUCCACGCGGAGGGCACGAAAGAAACCCGGCAUUCACGCUUCAUGGACCGCCAGGCAUAGCAGUGCUGAGCCAAUCCCGCCACAUCUCUGGAGUCACCAUGGUGGCUACGUCACGCCUCCCUCGGCUCAUCGCGGAGGUCCUCCCAGCCGGGAGGUGUGCCAUGAACGAGUCCGCAAAUCCAUUGUCCGCGCCAAGUCCAGAUGUAGGACACCGGUCAUUGCUUGGGCCCAGAAGCAGCUGAAGCAAGAAGAGGAAUGGAUCCGUUCAAAGCUGCGGGAGGAAAUGGACGAGGAGGGCUGCAUCGAUAUUGACCUCAUGGGUGGCAGAUGCUCGUUGCUGGGCCGCAGCCGUGGCUUCCGCUGCGUGGACCAUGGCGCUGACAGAUAUGAAACGCUGGCGGACAAGGCUCUUUCCCUCCAACUGGGUGGCGUCGAAACAAGACAGCGCCUGGACCAACGGAAACGAGAGCUGAAGGAGAAGCAGGUCAUGGCCAGGAUGAACGAAUCCAAGAAGGAGGCCGUCAAAGACGUGGAGAGCGUAGCCAAUCGCCGCCGCGCCGCCGACAUUUUGUCAGAACUGCAUAAGCGAACUCUCUUCGCGGAACUGGCCAGCAAGCGAGAAUCGCAGGAGCAUGAAGCUCAGCAAGCCGCUUCCGCUGCUGUCGGACAUGUGGUGCAGGAGGAAAAAACCACUGUGAUGGAGGAGGAAAGUGAAGUGCAGCCGGAGCAAAGUCGGGGCAGCAAGCCUCGUCACACGCGGGUCACGCUGGCCCUGAACUCGCCCCCCAAACAGAACCUCAGCACCGAAGUGGUGCGAGUCACCGUACACAGCGCGCGAGCACUGCGUGCCGCUGAUGUGAACGGCCUGGCAGAUCCCUUCUGCGUGGUGGAGCUCUUAGGAAAGCCGGGGACCAAAUGCCACACCCAAGUGGUGCGACGAAGUUUGAAUCCAGAGUGGGAUGAAUCCUUUGUGCUGAAGAACUUGACGGAAAAUGACUCGAUGCAAUUCUCUGUCUUCGACUAUGACUUCGAUAAGCACGACUGCCUGGGAACCGCCACUGUGAAAGGAAGUCGCAUCAUAGAGUCAGGUGUGAUUGAGGAGGAACUGACCCUGGAAGACGCCAACCACCGUCAGUUAGGACGUCGCACCAAGAUCAAUGGCUACUUGUCCGUAACAAUGGCGAUUCUGAACAGUGACGGUGUCACAGUGCGACGCGCGGAUUCCUUCACCCGGCAGCUGCGCACGUCCUUCGGCGGGCGUAUGGCCAAGGUAAGGGAGGCCAUUUCAGAGCGAGAUGAAGUUGCAAGAGUGCCCAGUUACAUAAGAUUAGGACAGGCGCGGGUGGAGUUCGCCAGGUUGCAAUAA